AUGUCGAAGCGACAGCCUGCGAAUCGGGCAAACGCGGCCGAGAAGCGUCGGCGAGAGGGUCCUACAAAGACCGAGGGAGAUGUGUCCAUGCCUGCGGUGGCAGAGGCCGAGCACACACAGACGAUGCAGCUGACGACUGAGACCGUGCUCGAAACCUACGAUGUCCAAAUGGAGGGCGCCAACUGUGUGCACGAAUGCGUCAGGCCGGCGGAGCUCGCCGGACAGGGCAAAGCGCCACCGCCCGUCACACCGGCCAAGACAUAUCCGUUUAAACUGGAUGUCUUCCAACAGGAGGCAGUGAACUGCCUCGAGAAUAAGGAGUCUGUCAUGGUCGCCGCCCACACGUCUGCUGGCAAGACAGUCGUUGCGGAAUAUGCCAUCGCAAUGGCGCUGCGGGACAAGCAGAGAAUUAUCUACACCUCACCCAUCAAAGCUUUGAGCAAUCAGAAGUACAGAGAUUUGCAAGAUGAGUUCAAGGAUGUUGGUCUCAUGACUGGAGAUGUGACAAUCAAUCCUCAUGCUUCAUGCAUGAUCAUGACUACAGAGAUCCUCAGGUCAAUGCUGUAUCGGGGCUCCGAUGUCUCUCGAGAAAUGGCUUGGGUUGUCUUCGACGAGGUGCAUUACAUGCGAGACCGAGAUAGAGGAGUUGUGUGGGAAGAAGCUAUGAUUUUGCUUCCGGACUCUGUUCGCUUGGUCUUUCUCUCUGCAACCAUCCCUAACGCCCGGGAGUUUGCAGAGUGGAUCUGUCGAAUCAAGCACCAGCCAUGCCAUGUGAUUUACACAGACAAACGGCCGGUGCCACUGCAGCACUACCUCUUCCCCUCCGGCGGAGACGGGGUCUACAUGGUGGUGGAUGAGAAGGGCCAGUUCCGGGAGGACAACUUUCACAAGGCCGUCGGGGCCCUCCAGCAAGCUGCGGAUGCUCAAAAUGUGGAGACCAAGAAGAAGUUGGCGAAGCGGGGCAAGUCGAACCUCGGAGACCUCGAGAAGAUCGUGCGGAUGUGCAGCGAUCGGGGGUACCUACCCCUGAUUGUGUUCUCCUUCAGCCGGAAGGAGUGUGAGGCCAAUGCUGUAGCAUUGAAACGGAUGGACGUCACUGAUGACGACGAGAAGAAGCUCAUCGACGAGGUGUUCAACAAUGCAAUCAUGACCCUGGGUGACGAGGACAGGGAGCUUCCUCAGGUGCAGAGUAUGCUGCCCUUGCUGCGAAGAGGGCUGGGAAUCCACCACGGCGGCCUGCUCCCAAUGUUGAAAGAGGUGGUGGAGAUUCUGUUCCAGGAGUCUCUCAUCAAAGUCCUCUUCUCCACGGAGACCUUUGCCAUGGGAAUCAACAUGCCUGCCAAAACAGUGGUCUUUACGAACACACGCAAGUGGGACGGCCUCGAGUAUCGGAUCCUGCAUGCGGGUGAAUACAUCCAGAUGAGCGGGCGUGCAGGUCGGCGAGGGAAGGAUGACCGUGGUUUGACCAUCAUCAUGUUUGACGAGAAGGUGGAACCUGAAGUGGCGAAGGAGAUGUUCUUGGGCCAGUCCUCGAAGAUCUUCAGCGCCUUCCACCUAGGCUACAACAUGCUCAUCAACCUUCUCCGCCUCGAGGGCGCAGACCCAGACUACAUGAUCCAGCGGAGCUUCCACCAGUUUCAGAAGGACAAAGGUGCCUUGGAGCUCCAGAGCAAGAAGCAGGACUUGGAGACUGAGCUGAGCAACCUCGAGGAUAUCCGCGCAGCUGUCAGUGACGAUGCUGUGUACACUUUCAACGUGGACGAGGCCAUUGCAGACUACUACUACAUUGACAAGCAGCUGAAAAAGAAGCAGGACGAAAAGCGAGAGAUCGUUGUCCGCCCCGAGAACAUCGCACCCUUCCUGAAUCCAGGCCGCCUGGUCUACAUGCGGGAUGGGGACACAGACUGGGGCUGGGGCAUCCUCGUCAGUGCUUCCAGAAAGAAGCUUACAGGCGACAACGGCAACUCCGUCCUGGAGGCGGAGGACUCAGAGCCGCAGUGGGUGCUCGACACCUUCAUGCCCUGCGAGCCGGGAGCUGACAAGCCGCAGCCAGCGAACGGAGGGAAGCCCGAGGGCAAGAUCUUGCCCAUGGCCCUCACGUUGGUCAGCAAGAUCAGCAAGAUCCGAUCCAAUAUGCCGACUGGGGAUCCCGAGUCGGAGGACUCAAGGAGGGCCUUGCUGAAGACCUUGCACCAAAUCAAGAACCACAAGACCUUCAAGCUUGGCAUCCCGGAACUCGACCCGGUAGCUGAGAUGAACAUCCAGUCCGAGGAGAUGAACAGCGUGUUGUCCGGCAUCAAGGAUCUGGAGACCAAGCUUGCGGCGAACAACUUCCACAAGCAUGACAAGCUGAAGCAGUACUACGACUGCUUCUCUUCGAAGGUCAGGCUCCACAGCCAGGUGCAAGAGUUGGACAAGCAGAUCAACCAGAGCCGCUUCAUGGUCAUGAACGACGACCUUCGUGCCAUGAGGAGAGUUCUUCGGAGGCUGGAGUUCAUUGACAAGGACGGCGUUGUACAACUGAAGGGACGGAUGGCCUGUGAAAUCACGAGCUGCGACGAAGUCUUGAUGACAGAGAUUGUCUUCCAGAACGUCUUCGCAGACAUUGAUGCCAACAACAUCAUUGCGUUGUGUUCCUGCUUGGUUUUCGACGAGAAGUCGGAAGAUCCGAUCACGAACAACCUCGACCUCAUGAAGGCCUUCGAAACCUGCAAGGGCAUCGCACGGAAUGUCGCCGAGGUAAUGGUGGAGAACAAGAUUCCUUUGGACGUGGAGGAGUACGUGCAGAAGCUAAAGCCGCAGCUCAUGGAGGUGGUCUUGGGCUGGCUGGAGGGCAAGAGAUUUCAUGAGAUCAUGAACCAAUGCAACCUCUACGAAGGACGGGCUGCCACUGACUUCGUCAUUAUGCCGGAGCCCCAAGACAGAAACCCCUGCAGGAAGCGUGGUCCGCGUCAUCCGGCGGCUGGAGGAGCUGGUUCGCGAGCUGGCCACUGCUGCCAAAACCAUCGGCAACGACGAGCUGGCUCAGAAGCUCAACGAGGGCCGGAACCGGCUGAAACGCGGUAUUAUCUUCGCCGCGUCGCUGCCGCAGCACCUUCCGCCUCGUGCCCCACAUCUGUGGUGAAUGGGUCCAUGCCUGGCAGAUACGAGUACUCUGCUGUGGAGGAGGACCUUUACCGUUGGUGGGAAGCUGCAGGCUUCUUCCGCCCGGAGGUAGCCGAGGAGGUGCCGCAGGCAUCUGAGGGGGACCGCGAAUCCUACGUGGUCCCAAUGCCACCGCCAAACGUGACGGGCAGGCUUCACAUGGGUCAUGCCAUGUUCGUCAGCUUAGAGGAUGUCGUAACUCGAUUUCACCGCAUGCGCGGAGAUCGCACCCUGUGGUUACCAGGAACCGACCACGCUGGCAUCGCAACGCAAAUGCUGGUAGAACGCCAGCUCGCUGCAGAGGGGUCCUCGCGGCAAGAGGUCGGUCGAGAGGAGUUCCUUCGACGAGUGUGGCAAUGGAAGGACGAGAAGGGCGGAGCAAUCGUGAACCAGCUCCGUCGACUUGGAGCCUCAGCCGACUGGUCCCGCGAGCAGUUCACCUUGAACGACCACAUGAGCUCUGCGGUCAUUGAGGCAUUCUGUCGGCUGCACGAGAAGGGAGCCAUUUUCCGGGGUCAGAGGAUGGUCAACUGGAGCCCGGUUCUCCAGACGGCCGUCAGCGAUCUCGAGGUGGAGUACUCCGAUGUGCAGGGCCACCUUUACCACUUCAAGUAUAUGGUUGCGGAUACAGAGGAGUUCAUCCCUGUCGCCACAACGCGGCCGGAGACGAUCUUGGGUGACACGGCGGUCUGCGUGCAUCCGGAGGACCCACGCUACGAGCAUCUCAUCGGCAAAGACGUCAUCGUGCCAAUCCAGGGCCGGCGAAUUCCGGUGAUUGCAGAUGCUUACGUGGACAGAGAGUUUGGGACCGGGGCGCUGAAGAUUACGCCUGCUCACGAUUUCAACGAUUUCGAGAUUGGCCAGACGCACAAGCUGGAGAGCCACUCUGUGAUUGGUCUUGACGGAUCCAUGUCCCCUACUUUGGAAGCACUAGGCUCACCACAGUACAUUGGGCUUGAUCGUGCGGACUGCCGGAAGAAGCUCUGGGCGGAUCUUGAAGAGGCCGGAUUGACCCUGAAGGUGGAGGACCACAUGCAGCGCGUGCCUCUCUCACAGAGGAGUGGUGAGGUCAUUGAGCCGAUGCUCUCUGAUCAAUGGUUCGUGUCCACCGAGGUCAUGGCUCAGCGGGCCAUGGAUGCUGUGGAGUCUGGUGAUAUUACCAUUCAGCCCGAUCGCUUCGUGAAGACUUGGCAAGACUGGCUCAAGGAGAAGCAGCCCUGGUGCAUCUCGAGGCAGCUCUGGUGGGGCCACCGCAUCCCCGUGUACUACCCCACGAACCAGCCCGGCAGUGACAAGUACUUCGUGGCCCGUCUCCGAGCGGCACUUUUCGCUGGGCCCGUGUCUCACAAGCCCAGGGCGGUGCUGCGACCCGGCAAAGCGGCAGCCGGCAGAGCAGGCAUCGAAGAGCCGGAUGAAGAGUCCUGGGGGCAGUUCCGCGGCUUUGCAGCAGCAUCUGCAGCAGCUGUGCUAGUGGCUGCGAGCCUCCUUCGCCCGCCGGCUGCUGACGCCAUGCCGCUGGAGGUUCUCAAGCGAAUGGAGGAGCAGAAGGUCGAGGCAACGAGCUCAAGGACCCUUGCCCGAGUUCAAGAAGUGUUUGCGGGCUGCAGCGUGCACAAUGUGAGAUGCUUGCUGAAAGCUGCCCCGGCUUUCAGAUGCUCUGCAUGUGGAUUGCGUGCAAGUGCCGACACGGUCCGAAAGCCUUCACCUGUAAGCCCUUUAGUGCCAGGUCGGGUAGGAACGGUGUGGGCAGAUUCUUUGCCAUGGUACUCAGCAAGAACAGGAAUAAGAACAGAAUCAGAAGACGGCAGCGGCUUCAAGCCGAAGCUGAGGUGUGCAGAUCAGAGACGGCAGAAGCUGCAGCCUGUGGGAGCCCAGAGACGACGAAAGGAGGAGAGGAGCCAACCCUUACUGGAGAUCAAGUACCCAAUGUGGAUGUUAUGA